AUGGCGCUGCGCAAUGCUGGGUCGGGGGCUCCCCGGGGUAGGGCGUCUGACGCUACUGCGACCAGAGCUCUUGACGAAUUUGACACAUUAGCUGGUCUGCGACGAAGUACAUAUGCUCUAGAACACUUGGCUACCUUUACAGUGACGAGGGAAACUGGGAUAGUAUACCCAGCUGAUGGCAUGAGAAGAUUACUACAACUAGAAAAGACUAACGGAAUAUGGAGCCAAAAGAUGCAACUAUCCUUAGAGGGACAAUGGGUAUUAGUAAUGGAUUACGAAACGGGGUCCAUAAUGGAAAGGUUUCCAGCGUCGUGGGUGCAUUCACCAACAGCAUUCACAUCUCCAGAGCCGGCUGAACUUUACAAUAAUGUGUUAGCAUUUGUUGUUGAAGCGCCAGAAUCUGGCGGCUCGCCAGGCGGUGCUAGGCGUGAGCUACACAUCUUCCAAUGUCACGAUGUUGGAGCACAAGCGCUUGUAGAAGAACUAAAUGCUCUCAAGGGCGAAGGCGGCGGAGGCUCCGAGGGAGGAAGAGACUUCGUGAUUGAACGAGAAAGAGAAAGGGAAAGAGAAAAUGAUUUAGACAGACCCAGACGUCAGCAAAUGUCCGCGCAACUAGGCCGCGGAGAUCGACCGGAGCGUGAUCGUGGAGGUUCGGCUGGUGAGCGUGAUGAUGCUUCAUCUACAGGCUCUGAACGACUGUACGAGCAAGACAUCGCGAUCCUCAAUAGAUGCUUCGACGACAUAGAGAAGUUUAUCGCGAGGCUGCAACAUGCUGCGGCAGCGUCUAGAGAACUUGAGAGAAGACGGAGAUCAAGGGGAGGAAAGAGGAGCGCUGGGACUGGUGAAGGAAUGCUAGCACUUAGAACUCGGCCUCCACCUGAAAGAGAUUUCGUUGAUGUACUCCAAAAGUUUAAACUAUCCUUCAAUCUUCUCGCCCGUUUGCGAGCACACAUACAUGACCCUAAUGCUCCAGAAUUAGUGCACUUCCUCUUCACACCAUUAGCUCUGAUAGUGGAUGCAGCACAAGAUGUCGCAGAUGGUCGUCUGCCAGCACGUGUAGUUCAGCCACUGCUUACUCGAGAUGCACUCAAUCUACUCGCCAACUGCGUAACCAGCAAAGAAACUGAGCUAUGGCAUUCACUGGGUGAUGCUUGGCUUAUUCCCAGAGAGCAAUGGAAAACGACAAUUCCUCCUUACCAGCCGGUGUUUAUGGACGGCUGGUCUCCAGAUUACCAAGUGGACGACCAACCAUUGCGACGAGCAUCUCCAAGAAGAAGUGAGGCUGGAAGAGGUGGAACAGGUGGAUUAGAAGAAGGAAUCAGGGAAGGAGCAGACAGGGCCGACGGUUACGGGUAUGAAAGGGAAGAACCUGACCUAUACGGUGAACAAUACACUCCUUACUCUAGAAAUCAACGUACUCUGACCCGAGAAGAUUCUGGAUCAGCAGCUUCCUCUCCGGAACGCGAACCACCAUAUAGACCAGACAGAGAUGAAGAUGAACUAGGUGAAGCUUGGGCUCGUGGGGUAGCGGCCCGCGGCGGACGUGUAGUUCGCGUCACAUACCCACGCACCGCUAAUAAUGACAAAGAGCUGACUGUUGUUCGUGGGGAAUACCUUGAGGUGCUAGAUGAUUCUCGCAAGUGGUGGAAGGCGCGCAAUCGUCGUGGUCAAACUGCCCAUGUGCCGCACACUAUAGUAGCACCCGCCAUCUCACCGCCUGGCUCUCCGGCACCUGAUGCUCUGCUUUAUCCCAAUCCUAUCUACACGCACUAUCAAGAAGGUGGCAGAGGUUCCGGUGGCAGUAGUCCAACGGGUCAACCUGAGCCGGAACCUCGAAAGCCUGAGAAGGCUGUACCCCCUCCCCCUCCACCCCCGCCGCCUCCACCAGAGCCUCCAACACCAGCGCCUGUGAUACCAGCUAAAACUGAUACCAUGAAAUCCACGAAAUCAGCUAUAAGCACAAGCAGCGGUCUGCAUGAGGAGUUGAAGAUGGUUCUGCCUCAGAUCACACAACGACGUCUUGAUAUAAAGAAGACACCAGACAUAUUUAUUCAUCAGAAAUCCAAUCCUGAAGAGGUAGUCCAAUGGCUUGAGGCUAAAGGCUUCAGUAGCACAGCUCAGAAGCAGCUACGUGUGUCUGGUCAUCAAUUAUUUGCUUUAUCCAGAAGCCAAUUGGAACGAGUGGUAGGAGCUGAUGAAGGGAAGCGAUUAUACAGUCAGAUAUUGGUUCAAAGAAAUGUAUCUGGGUACAAGACGACAUCCGCCUCCGAGCUAGCGAGCAUUCUGCGGAAAGUCCGCGAGAAAGUAGAAGUAUCCUGA